GGCGGCGGCGGCGGCACUUCCGGCCCGCCCCCGCCGGAGGAGGAAGAGGCGGGAGGCGAGCGGCGGAAGCGGAGAAGGGCCCGGCCGAGCGGAGGAUGCCGGCGCUGCCUCGCGGGGGGCGGCCGGCGGCGGGGGCGCUGCUGGGGCUGGCGCUGCUGGCGCUGCUGCUCUGGGCCUCGGUGCACCGCGUGGAGGAGGGACACCUGGCCGUCUACUACCGGGGCGGGGCGCUGCUCAGCGGCCUCAGCGGGCCGGGCUUCCGCCUCAUGCUGCCCGGGGUCACCCAGUACCGGGCCGUGCAGACCACCCUGCAGACGGACGAAGUGAAGAACGUGCCUUGUGGGACCAGCGGCGGCGUCAUGAUUUACAUCGAUCGAAUCGAAGUGGUGAACAUGUUAGCGCCAUAUGCAGUUCACAGCAUUGUGCAGAACUACACGGCUGACUACGACAAGGCCCUCAUUUUCAAUAAGAUCCACCAUGAGCUCAACCAGUUCUGUAGCAGCCACACGCUCCAAGAGGUGUACGUCGAGCUCUUUGAUCAGAUCGAUGAGAACCUGAAGCUGGCGCUGCAGCAGGACCUGAACGCCAUGGCCCCCGGGCUCACCAUCCAGGCUGUUCGUGUGACCAAGCCCAAGAUCCCCGAAGCCAUCCGGAGAAAUUUUGAGCUUGUGGAAAUGGAGAAGACCAAGCUCUUGAUCGCCACCCAGAAGCAGAAGGUGGUGGAGAAGGAGGCGGAGACCGAAAGGAAGAGGGCCGUCAUAGAAGCGGAGACGACGGCUCAGGUGGCCAAGAUCUGGCAUCGGCAGAAGGUCAUGGAGACGCUGACGGAGAAGCGGAUUUCCGAGCUUGAAGAUGCCGCCUUCUUAGCAAGAGAGAAGGCAAAAGCGGACGCCGAAUACUACUCGGCACAAAAAGCCGCCGACUCGAACAAGCUGAAACUCACGCCAGCCUACCUGGAGCUGAUGCGCUACCAGGCCGUUGCUGCCAACAGCAAGCUCUACUUUGGGAGCAGCAUCCCCGCCCGUCUGUGGCUGAGCCCCUCCUGUGCCUUCAAGGACGAGGUGGCAAGGACUGCCCGGGAAGCCCACCUCGCCUCGAAAACGGGAGAACGCCAGCUUGGGCAUGGAGGGCGUGCCGCUUGAUGGAAAGCCGGGAGGCGGUCCUUGGGCUGUGCUGCCUCCCUGCCGCGAACGCCCCCCUGGCCCCGCCUGGCCCCGCCAUCCUCCUCGCCAGACCUGCCUUCUUGAGGAAUAUGACAAGAGCCACACACAGACACACGUCGCUGUUGCGUUCUCUGCAGCAGCGGGCGGGGGGGGCAGCUCGGAAGCCUCUCAUACCUGCUGCUGCUGCUGCUGCUGCAUCUCUCGUGGACACUUCCGUGGCCUGGAGUGUUCUUGCCCUCAUGCAGGAGGCGGAGAUUCCGCUGCUCGCAGACCGGCAGUGUGUUCCUGGGUUAAAUGCAACAGGUGUGGGUCUUUGCGUGGUGAUGGUCUUGUCUGAGUGCUUGUGCCUGUCUUGUGGGAAGAUCCCCCCCCCCUCAAAAUCUUCCUGCAGGUAACACAUUCAGGCUUAUAAGGGAGCAGCCCGUACAAGGGGCGCUUCAGUGCUGUGCAUUAUGAGUUGGCACCUCAGCCUUUCCGCGGCCUCGGCGUUUGCACAGGCAUGUUUUGAGAGGCUCCCUGAGGAGCUCUGCUGGGGUGAGGAGGGACCCGUUCUUCCCUCCCUGGCCUCUCCCCGCCGCCGCCGCCAAGCUGAUGAGCGUUGCUGGAUCUUGAAAGGGAAAAUCAACUGGGGCCUGUCGGGUGGGAUGGGAUGAGUUCUUCCGAAAGGGAAACUCGGCGGCUGCUGUGUGGUGUUGUGGCUUCUGCUUUCCGUCUCCCCGUGUGGCUGCACAGCGCCCCCCCAUUCUGUACUUGGCCAGUGGGAGCCAGGGUUGGCACCCCCUGCUCGCCUGCAGCAGAGCCAACCCAGACGGUGAGCUGGCAACCACGGGGGCUGUGACUUUAAUUGGACCCAGGGGGCCUGGUGGCUGGGGUGUGUGUGUGUGUAAAAGUUGCCCUUCCUGUGUAAGUUUUGCUGCUGCUGCUGAGCCAUCAAGAUUAGGCACUUGACACAUUAAAUGGGAUCAUGCUGUGACCAGAAAACUUUAUUGUAGAGGAUGAACCUGCCGACUGGAAAAGUUUAACCUGUGAUGGAAGUUUGCAGGAGGUUUAUAUUUCAGAAGUACGGGUGUGCAGAAUAAAGCUAUUUUCAUAACCUC